UUACAGUGACAGAGCUACUGGCAGCAAAAGUGGCCAUACUGAUUGCCAGGCUGGAGGCGUUCAAUGCGACUGUGGUGGCGUUGGAGCAGCAGGUCGCUCAGCUCGUGGCUGAUGGUGAGAAUUGCUCAAUGACUUUUACUAUUUUGACUUUAAGACUAUGUUAUUCCAAGUCAACCUGUAGUGGCACGUGUUGAAACCAAUUUUUAUAAUGAAAUAAUUGGUUCAAGGUCCAAGUUAGUGGAAAAAACAUGUUUUAUGCGACUAAGUAGUCCCCGUUAAAGCACUAAUUUUUUAACCUGUAGUUACUUUACUUGUAACUGAUAUUAUUAUUUCUAUGUUUCAGAGUUUGAGAAUGACACCAUAACUGAAACAAAACCAGGUAUAUAAUCCUAUCCCAUAAUAACUGAAACCAAACCAAGUAUAUAAUCCAAUCCUAUUAUAUCUGAAACCAAACCAGGUAUAUAAUCCAAUCCUAUUAAAUCUGAAACCAAACCAGGUAUAUAAUCCAAUCCUAUUAUAUCUGAAACCAAACCAGGUAUAUAAUCCAAUCCUAUUAAAUCUGAAACCAAACCAGGUAUAUAAUCCAAUCCUAUUUUAUCUGAAACCAAACCAGGUAUAUCAUCCAAUCCUAUUAAAUCUGAAACCAAACCAGGUAUAUGAUCCAAUCCUAUUAUAUCUGAAACAAAACCAGGUGUAUCAUCCAAUCCUAUUAUAUCUGAAACAAAACCAGGUGCAUCAUCCAAUCCCAUAAUAAUUUCUUUGAAAUAUUUCCUCUUACUCAUAACACUUCAGUUUUUGAACUACUUCCUAUUUCCUUGUUGUAUUUUCAUUUGUCCUGUCUGGUGAAGAAGGCGCUUAGUCGAAACGUUCUUGUUGUAUUUUCAUGUGUCCUGUCUGGUGAAGAAGGCGCUUAGUCGAAACGUUCUUGUUGUAUUGUCUUGUCUUUCUUUUUUGAAUCUUCCACAUACAUUUCCUUCACACGGCUUGAACGCAGUCCUUCGUCUAUUUUCCUCUUACCCGGCAUGCUUUGCUCUCUAACAGACCCUCUUCAUUGUUGAACUUGUCAAUGAAUGUUUGAAUUUUGAGCAGAAGCAGAUGUUAAAAUGGGCCCAGGGACAUUUCCUCUAGCAUAAUCACACCCUUCGUCACUAAAUCUCUUGUCCCCAAAUGUCAACUUGCAGCAGACGACCUGAGGCGGUACUUCGUGUCAACCAACUCCAGCUAUUUCCUGAUCAGGGGCAAGGAAGACACCGACAGCUUCAAGGCUCAGGUGGGUGGGGGUGUGUGGUUGUAUGUCUGUGUGUGUGUGUGUGUGUGUGUGUGUGUACAGUUACUAGUACAGUUAUUUAAGCAAUGAAUGGUACAAUUAUGGUACAAAAACGGUACAGUUAUCGCAACAGUUAGUGACACAAUUAUUUGUACAGUUACUGGUAUAUGCAUAUGAUGGUACAGUUAUUGGUACAUUAAAUGGUAUAUUUAUUGCUACAUAUACUAAGAAAAUGAUUGUUACAGUUAUUGGUAAAGUACAGUUAUCGGUACAUUUACUAGCUCAGUUACUUAGAUCCACAAUCACUGGUACAUAUUCAUGAAAAAUCUCUAACGUCAAACAACGGUGUACGUUUUGUACGCAGACAUCAUGGAUAUCUCGAAAACUAGUAACCAUGGUUACAAACAAACCCUUAGUUUUUGAAACACACAGAACGACUGUUUCUCACCAAUGAUUCAUGAUAUGGACUCACAACUACACGAUGAUAGAUUGAUGCGGAAGUGGUUGAAAUUUUACGUAUCCCUUUCAUUUGCAAAAUUGAAAAAGGAAAAUAAUCAUUUCAUGGGCAUGAAUUUAUCAAUCUUCAUAUAUAUACAGAAAACAAUGUGUUUGAACUCCAUUCCUUAUUCUUUGUUGCUUCUUGUCGGUGAAGGCAUCUAGCCGAAACGUUCCUGUUUAAUUAUCCUGGUCUUUUCAUUUCAAGUCUGAACAUAUAUUGUUGGUAUAUUUCCUUCACACGGCUUCAAGGCAGUCAAAUGUUUACUAUCUUAGACAGAAGCUUUAAGUCUAUUAAGGGGAGGGGGGGGGAGGGUUUUGGACAACUUUGAAGUUUUAAGUCUAUUUACACAAUUAUUUUUUUACUUUCCGACAGGCCGUCUGCGAAUCAAAACAACUUUACCUCGCCGAGAUCAACGACCAGGAAGAAUUUAAUCUCGUGGAGAUUGAAGUUGGUAAGUAGCCUGUCAACUUGGCCUUUAAGAAUAUAACAUUUAUCGAACGAGCUCAGAUUUGAAAAAAGUUCGAGUCCAAACUCUCCUGACUCAAGCUUUAUUUCCAAACUCAGAAGUCUUGACUGCAUCGGUACCACUUUGUCGUAAAACAGCUAUUUGGAAAUGAAAUCUAGAAAACACACCAGUGCAAACUGAACAAAAAACAUUCAGAACAACAUAUUUCCCCUCAGGUCCCUAUGUGCUGGACGACUGGCCCAUUCUGAUUGGAGGGAAGAGACGUCUGGGGGCCACCGAAUGGACCUGGCAGUACAGUGGGAACGUGGUGAGCUGAUUCAUGUCAUUUUCUUAUAGUCUGCAUUGUCUGUCCCUUUCCUGGCUUGUCUAGCGUGCCUGCCUUAUCUGCCUCACCUGCCUUAUCUGUACCCUUCCUGCCUUGCCUGAAUUGCCUGCGCCUUGCGUGACCUCUUCCUGGCUUGUCUGACUUGCCUGGCUUGUCUGACUUGUCUGUCCCAUCCUGCCUGCUCUGUCUCGCUUGCCUCCUCUGCCUCGCCCGCCAUGUCGGCCAUGUCUGCCUAUGCCGGAUUUUAGUCAUUUUCUAAACUAUCGACACAUUUUUCCAUUGAACCUAUUUCAGAAUGAACACAAUGGAUCCCUGACCACAUGCAUUCUAUCAAUUAUUGAGUAACUGGCAUAUCUUCUAUAUGUUAUUUUCUGACGGCUUCGAUGCCUUACACUGUCAACCUGUGGCAAUAGCCAGUUAGCGAUGUACACGAUGUUUGUUAUACAUUAUGUCAUUUGCAUCGAAUAACGAAUAGGCCAAGUUUUAAUAAUAUUUUUUUCUCACUACAAUAAUUUAAUUACAUUAGUCUGAUUGAAGACUUCAGAUUUAUAAAAAUAUAUGUCACUGGGUGAGUCUGUGAUUCUAUAUAAGUGUGUGUGUGCUUGUCUCUGUGUGAGUCUGUGAUUCUGUAUAAGUUUGUGUGUGCUUGUCUCUGUGUGAGUCUGUGAUUCUGUAUAAGUUUGUGUGUGCGUGUCUCUGGCUGAGUCUGUCAUUCUGUAUAAGUUUGUGUGUGCUUGUCUCUGGGUGAGUCUGUGAUUCUGUAUAAGUUUGUGUGUGCUUGUCUCUGUGUGAGUCUGUGAUUCUGUAUAAGUUUGUGUGUGCUUGUCUCUGUGUGAGUCUGUGAUUCUGUAUAAGUUUGUGUGUGCUUGUCUCUGUGUGAGUCUGUGAUUCUGUAUAAGUGUGUGUGUGCUUGUCUCAGUGUGAGUCUGUGAUUCUGUAUAAGUUUGUGUGUGCUUGUCUCUGUGUGAGUCUGUGAUUCUGUAUAAGUUUGUGUGUGCUAGUCUGUGGGUGAGUCUGUGAUUCUGUAUAAGUUUGUGUGUGCUUGUCUCUGUGUGAGUCUGUGAUUCUGUAUAAGUUUGUGUGUGCUUGUCUCUGUGUGAGUCUGUGAUUCUGUAUAAGUUUGUGUGUGCUUGUCUCUGGGUGAGUCUGUGAUUCUGUAUAAGUUUGUGUGUGCUUGUCUCUGUGUGAGUCUGUGAUUCUGUAUAAGUUUGUGUGUGCUUGUCUCUGUGUGAGUCUGUGAUUCUGUAUAAGUGUGUGUGUGCUUGUCUCAGUGUGAGUCUGUGAUUCUGUAUAAGUUUGUGUGUGCUUGUCUCUGUGUGAGUCUGUGAUUCUGUAUAAGUUUGUGUGUGCUAGUCUGUGGGUGAGUCUGUGAUUCUGUAUAAGUUUGUGUGUGCUUGUCUCUGUGUGAGUCUGUGAUUCUGUAUAAGUUUGUGUGUGCUUGUCUCUGUGUGAGUCUGUGAUUCUGUAUAAGUUUGUGUGUGCUUGUCUCUGGGUGAGUCUGUGAUUCUGUAUAAGUUUGUGUGUGCUUGUCUCUGUGUGAGUCUGUGAUUCUGUAUAAGUUUGUGUGUGCUUGUCUCUGUGUGAGUCUGUGAUUCUAUAUAAGUUUGUGUGUGCUUGUCUCUGUGUGAGUCUGUGAUUCUAUAUAAGUUUGUGUGUGCUUGUCUCUGUGUGAGUCUGUGAUUCUGUAUACGUUUGUGUGUGCUUGUCUCUGGGUGAGUCUGUUAUUCUGUAUAAUUUUGUGUGUGUGUUUAUGUAUGUGUGUAUGUCAAUGUGGGCCUGUAACUGAUGUCAAUAAAAGUCCCAUUUCGAAUACAUCCCUAUCAUAUUAAAUAUACAUUGUAAGAGAGCGAGAUUCUUGAAGAGUCAGAUUUAAAAAGUUUGGAAUUAAAGUGUGCGUUUGAAGCGAGAUUUUAAACAUUCAUUUUUGGAUGAACAGAUUAAUGCUUGUAAAUCUAGGGAAUUGUAGCUUCUUGUGAAUAAAGUUAUAGAGUGUCGAUAGCCUUAAUUUAAGAACCACUGUUAAAAAACAUUACAUUUUAAUGUUACUAUUUAAAGCCCUGUCAGACUGGUGCGAUCCUAAUACAGUAAGCAAUUUCAAUUGUACAUCAGAUUAAUUAGACACGAACCAUUUGUGUCAAUAUUAUAAUAUAUGUUAAGCUUUAAGAAUACUACAACAUACAUAAGUCAACGUCUCGGCGCAUGCCAUCAUCAGUACAACAACAAAACAUUUAAAUAAGUCUAAAUUAAAUGUACAUAAUAUAUAUAUAUAUAUAUACGUACAUGGGCGCCCGCAAAAAACUUUCUAAGGGGGGGGGGAUUUUUUUAGUAAUGUUUUAAUGUAGUUUAAAUUUACUGUAGCGUAUUUGUAUGGUGAACGAACGAAAAGGACAUCAGCUUAGUUAUUUUCUCUUUACUUUAAUACAUUUUUUGUCUAUUUUUGUCUAAAAAUUUGUAUCUAAUCAAUCCGGGGGGGGGGGGCAAGCAGCCCCCUUGCCCCCCUCCCCCCUGCGAGCGCCCAUGUAUACGUAUAUCCUACCUAAGAAAAAGAGAACAAAAAAUAGGAGUGGGGGCAAAAUAACCAAAGAAAAACAAAGUAUGCACAGGAAGUGACUUGGAGUUAAAUGUAAAAACCCAAACAGGAAAAAGACAUGGCAGUUAGAUAAAAUUGUACAACACAUUCUUUUAAAACACACACACUCACUCACAUUUGCAACAGUGUAAUAAUAAAAUAUAUAAACUAGAAUUACAAAGUACUAACUAUUAGAGGCUUAAUGUGUACUGUGAAAUGUUUUUCAUUACUCCAACAGGUCAACUACUUCUCCUGGGCCGUGGGCGAACCAGUUCUCGCCAGCAUCAACAGCGACUGCAUCGCUCUGAGAACUCUCGCGGGCCUGGCCGAGAUGGUGUCCGUGCCCUGCUACACUGAGAAGCGCCAGUUCUACUUCCUGUGUGAGAAGGAUCUCAAGUAGCCAGCUACCGUACCUACGCGACUGCCUAUCACUCCAUAACGACGCAUUCAUGACAAGCUUUCAGAACAAGAGUUAGCAAGGAGGACGUCCGAGAUGGAAGAAAAAAAAAACUAAAGAAAAAAUGUGAUAGGUUUCAAGUGUCGUCUUGAAGUCUGUCAGUGCCACUGUCUGUUGUAUGGUUGGAAGUAGAAUAUCAUUCAAAAAAAUAGUAGUGGAAAAAAUUGAAAGGCUGUAAGAUUUUUUUCCUUUUUUGUAAAGUAUAUAGAUAUAAUUUCUAUUUUAUAAAUUCAUAUGUCCUAGCUGAGUGUCUGUGAUUGUACAUAAAUGUGUAUAUAUACACACGACCACGCCUCUAUAAAAUAACUCUAUUUAAAUGUAUAGAAUAACGUGUCACAGGCUCAACAGUGGAAUGAACUGUAGUCACAAGGAACGCCACCCACCAAGAACUGUUGCAAUAAAAGAAUGUAUACAACACUGCUA